AUGGAGGACAUCGUCAAGGGGCUGCAGGGGGCGCAGACGUUCCUCAAGAACAUGCCCAAACCCGACAACAUGCCCUCCUGGGACCAGAUCCUGCAGGCAGCCCAAAAGGUGGCCGCCCUGGCGCAGGCCGCGCAGGGAGCGAGCGCGGCGAAGGGCGCGCUGAUGGGCGCCGGGCCCAUCGGCCCCGCGCUGCCUCCGGGCAUGGGCUAA